AUGUCAAAGAGAUACCCAGUAGUCAGCGAUGAUUACAUAACUGCCAUUUGCAAGGCUAGAAAGAAGCUCAGGGGUGUCAUCUAUGCGAAAAAGCUUGCUCCUCUUAUGCUGAGGCUUGCAUGGAACUCGGCUGCAACUUUUGAUGUUAUCACAAGAACUGGUGGCCCAUUUGGUACAAUGCGACUUGAAGCGGAGCAGAAUCACGAUGCCAACACUGGUCUUACUGACGCUGUCCAAUGCUUGGAAGUCAUAAAAAGGCAAUUUCCAGUGAUCUCAUAUGCUGAUUUGUACCAGUUGGCUGGAGUAGUUGCUGUUGAAAUCACUGGUGGUCCAGAGAUUCCUUUCCACCCGGGAAGAGAGUUUGGUAUGGUAGUACUCAAUGCUCUUUUGGUAUUUGUUUUAGGAGCUGACCAUUUGAGAGAAGUGUUUGGCCGCAUGGGUUUCAGCGACAAAGAUAUUGUUGCUCUCUCUGGUGGCCACACUUUGGGGCAGUGCUAUGUGUAUCACAGUGGAUAUGAUGGAUCAUGGACCGGCACCCCUGACAUUUUUGACAAGAGCUAUUUUGACGAACUCCUGAUUCAUCAUUUCUUUGCACGUGACAAAGACGCAACGUAUAUUGGUAUUGGGCCUCGUGGUGAUCGCCUGUUGCUUCAAUCCGACAAGGCACUUGUUACGGACCCCGCCUUGUGUGCUUUUGUCAUCAAGUACUCACAAAACUCGAAUGGUACAGAUUUGCUGAUGAUGCUUAGAAGUUCGGAGGAGGAGUUACCUGCUGUACAAGGACUACACUACACAUAA